UCCCACAAUGGAUCCUGUUGCGUGACAUCAGCCGGGCGAAAGAAGGAAGCGGAGGAGCUGUCAGUGAAGUAGCCCGGCGGAGGCGCAGCCCGCAGACAGGCUCCGUGUUCCGGCCCAGCAGAGAGAGACACCAGCCCGCAGACAGGCUCCGUGUUCCGGCCCAGCACAGAGAGACACCAGCCCGCAGACAGGCUCCGUGUUCCGGCCCAGCAGCUGCAGACCACUGCCCGCUACCGCGCUUCACUUGUUGAACGCAGAAGGCUGCGAGCGCGUCCAGGGGGGAGUCCUCCGGAUCCCAACACAGACAGACAGGCAGACAGACAGGCAGACAGGCAGUCAGGCAGGCAGAGGGAGAAACAGACAGGCAGACAGGCAGGCAGAGGGAGAAACAGGCAGACAGGCAGACAGGCAGGCAGGCAGGCAGCGGGAGAAAGUGAGAGAGACGGCAGGGAGCGUUGCUGUUGCGUGAGCAUGGCUGAUGUGCUGAGUUUAAACGAGUCGUCCACGGCGGACGUGGCCAACAGGUUCGCCCGGAAAGGCGCCCUGCGGCAGAAGAACGUGCACGAGGUGAAGAACCACAAGUUCAUCGCGCGGUUCUUCAGACAGCCCACCUUCUGCAGCCACUGCACCGACUUCAUCUGGGGGUUUGGAAAACAAGGAUUCCAGUGCCAAGUUUGCUGUUUCGUGGUGCAUAAGAGGUGCCAUGAGCUUGUCACAUUCUCCUGCCCCGGGGCGGAUAAAGGGCCCGACACAGACGACCCGAGAACCAAGCACAAGUUCAAGAUCCACACCUAUGGGAGCCCCACCUUCUGCGACCACUGUGGCUCUCUGCUGUACGGCCUCAUCCACCAGGGCAUGAAGUGUGACACCUGCGACAUGAAUGUCCAUAAGCAGUGUGUGAUGAACGUGCCAAGCCUCUGCGGCACAGACUACACGGAGAGGAGGGGGCGUCUUUACCUCAAGUGUGAGGUCACCGCUGAUAAACUGCAGGUGACAGUUGGUGAAGGCAGAAAUCUGAUCCCCAUGGACCCCAACGGACUGUCUGAUCCUUACGUCAAGCUCAAGCUCAUCCCGGACCCCAAAAAUGAGACCAAGCAGAAGACCAAAACCAUCCGCUCCAGCCUCAAUCCGGCCUGGAACGAGACCUUCACUUUCAAACUGAAGCCUGCUGACAAGGACCGCAGGCUGUCAGUUGAGGUGUGGGACUGGGACCGGACCACCAGGAACGACUUCAUGGGAGCCCUUUCCUUUGGCGUGUCAGAGCUCAUGAAGUCCCCCAUCUGUGGCUGGUAUAAGAUGUUGUGCCAGGAAGAGGGCGAGUACUACAACGUGCCCAUCUCAGAGGAGGACGACGGCAACGAAGAAUUGAGGCAGAAAUUUGAGAAAGCCAAGCUGGGCCCUGCCAAGAAGGUGAUCACCCCGACGGACGACCACCGCUCCAGCAUCCUGCCCUCCGGCAACUUGGACCGGGUCAAACUCAGCGACUUCACCUUCCUGGCUGUGCUGGGGAAGGGCAGCUUCGGGAAGGUCAUGCUGGCAGAGAUGAAGGCCUCUGAGGCAUUGUAUGCCAUAAAGAUCCUGAAGAAGGACGUGGUGAUCCAGGACGAUGACGUGGAGUGUACCAUGGUGGAGAAGAGAGUCCUGGCCCAGAUGGACAAGCCUCCCUUCCUCACACACCUGCACUCCUGUUUCCAGACCGUGGACCGUCUCUACUUCGUCAUGGAGUAUGUGAAUGGAGGAGACCUCAUGUACCACAUACAGCAAGUGGGAAAGUUCAAAGAGCCCCAGGCAGUGUUUUAUGCAGCAGAGAUCGCUGUUGGCCUCUUGUUCUUGCACAGGAAAGGAAUCAUAUACAGGGAUCUGAAGCUGGACAACGUGAUGCUGGACUCUGAGGGACACAUUAAGAUUGCUGAUUUUGGCAUGUGUAAAGAAAACAUGGCCGAGGGGGUGACCACACGCACCUUCUGCGGCACUCCUGACUACAUAGCCCCAGAGAUCAUCGCAUAUCAGCCAUACGGGCGCUCGGUCGACUGGUGGGCGUAUGGUGUGCUGCUCUACGAAAUGCUGGCAGGACAGCCUCCUUUUGAUGGCGAGGAUGAAGAUGAGUUAUUCCAGUCCAUCAUGGAGCACAACGUGUCCUACCCCAAGGCCAUGUCCAAAGAAGCCAUCUCCAUCUGCAAAGGGCUGAUGACCAAGCACUCAUCCAAGCGUCUGGGCUGUGGCCCGGAGGGUGAGAGAGACAUCAGGGAGCAUGCCUUCUUCAGACGCAUCGACUGGGAACGUCUCCAGAACAAGGAGAUACAGCCUCCGUUCAAGCCCAAAGUGUGUGGCAAAGGAGCAGAGAACUUUGACAAGUUCUUCACACGUACCCAGCCACAGCUCACGCCGCCAGAUGAGCUGGUUAUCGCCAACAUCGACCAGGCUGAGUUUGCAGGGUUCUCUUUCAUCAACCCACAGUUUGUGCAUCCUUCCCUGAACAACUCUCAAUGAAACGGAGGGGGGGGGGGGACAGUCUCCUUUUUAAACCUUCCUCAGUGCCACCCACUUACCGCCAUCCUAAAAUCUGACCAAAACUUGAUGUAGGCCCAAAAUAUAACCUCUCUGUGUUGACUUGACCGGUGAGCAAAUCUCUAAGAUGUGGAGAUUUGCUUAGUUUAAUGUCUCUGCUUUUCUAAAUAGGUUGACUGGGGUAGAUGUAAACAUUACUUCAUAAUAGAAACGCUCUUGAUUUUAAAGAUUGACGAUUGUUGAUUAGGAAACAGAUAGGAUGUAUGCCUUCCCCAGCCAAUAUUUAUAUGACCUAAAAAAUCAAAACUAAAUGCAUGGAAGUAUGAGACUGGGGUCAAUAUUCAUUAACCUGUAACAGUAUACAAUAUAUUGAAGAGAAUAUUAAACACAAUUUUGUAUAAGAUAUGGAUCAAGUGGAGUAACUAAUCUUAACUAACUAGUUUUUGAAAAUGUUGUAUAACUCUUAAUGAAUACCCAUGGUAACCUCUAGACAAUGGUGGCUCACACUAUAUUUUCUACAGAUAAUUGUCACUAAUUGGAUAAUCUGUGAUGUCUUCAAAUUCUCUGGUGUGGGGCAGUGACAAAGCUAAAGCCAAAUAUCAAAGAUGGAUUGCUACAUGGGGUGCCGGCACGAAAGGUGCAACAUGUGGUUUAAUGUCAGAAUACUGGAUCUCGUUUACAGCUUUUCUUCCCCUCUCUUGUUUUCAUGGUGAUGGUAAAAAUUCUAUUUUAGUACACUUAAAUUCUAGUCAGUCUCAUGUUCCUGUGUAUGUAGCGGAUCAACUACAGAAAUAAGUUUACCUGAUAGAGUUGUAUAAAGCAUGAAUAUCAAAAACCUGUAACCAUUAGUAUCUGUCAGCCUGUUAUCACCUUGUUCAAAUUGUACCUUGCUAGGUUUAUAUAACAUGACGCAUUGAUUAGCAUAGAAAUCUAUACACCCCUUUCAGAGCCCUUAUUUGUGCUGCAGUUGGCUAGGCCUUUCUCCGUUUGCUAUGAAAUUUUAAAUAAAAAAAGGACUUUCCGAAAAACAUAUCCAGUUUGAUACGUUGGUAGUGGCAGAGCAAUGUAAUAUCUAGCUUUGAAAAUCCAAACUAAAAUGUUUACAAUUUUUCAUUUUCUAAUGCUGUUCAGUGUUAAUUUCAGUCUGCAUGCCUGCUACUGAAACAAAGUUCCCCUGCGACCUAAAACUCUUCAAAGUAAGUUCUGUAAACUAUGAAAUCGGCUUGUUCAUUGUAAAAGGAAAUUUGCUUUUGCUUUCAGACUAAACUAAACUGGUGUCAGUCUUUGUUUUAGUAUUAACCACCCGAUGUUUUGCAUGCUCAUUAUUCUCAUAUACAAAGCAGAUAGAAAGUAGUUGUUUGGAUUCCUAGACGCAGAAGUAGUCCAGAACAAAAUGACUUUUUGAGGAACCAUCUCCUUGACCGUAUUUUGCUGUUCGGCGAAUAUGUGUGCCCUGUAUUUGGGGAUGUGUCCAAACAAUGUGAUAAUCUUUGAAAUAGAUCACUUUCUUCUGCUUUCGUGAUGCCAUGCAUAUUUUUUUCAUUACAUCAGAUGAAUAUUUUAAUGUAUCACAUACCAGUGUAUAACUCCUUUGUAAAUAUACAUGAGUUAUUUAAUGACGUUUAGCAACUUACAGUUUUUAUACCAACGACUGAAUGUGUUUUAUUACAUUAAAUAGGUUACAAACAUAUAUUUUAUGUAAAAAGGACACAAAACACAAAGAACCCAAUACAGAUCAACUUUGUAACAAUGGGGGUCUUUCAUGGAGCCCAGAUUUAGCAAAUUGCAAGAGACAUCUCUGCAGCUUGUUUUUGGCUGAUGUAUCAAAAAAAUUCUCUUGUUGUACCCAGCAUCUUCAAUGGAAGUAGUGUGUUGACUGGAUGUGUGUUUGGCUUUUGGCCAGUUGUCUCUCAGCUGUCCCUCCUGUGUCCGCAUGCUGUUGAAAGGGAUCGUCCAUGCACGUGAUGAACUAAAAUCCUUGCAUGCUAGUAAGUAUGGAGCCCGUAGAAUUUGUAAUCUUACACAUCAGUCAAAGGUCGCCAAAUGCAGACCGUGGCAUCUUGCGUACCUUGAGUGUGCUGAUCUGAGGCUAGCUUGGCUAUUUAAAUUGCUGUAUGUGAAAAACGGAUGUAUAUCAGAUAAAGAUCCUUUGGAUUGACACAGUCUAGUAAAGUUUUAGACCGACAACUACAGUAACUAGCUUUGUGCUAUUUUUCCAUCUAGCUUUUGUAUUCGCAAAGACUAAUAAUUUACAUGUUUAUAGUAACGGAAAGAAAAACACAUUUAUGACAUCAGAAUGCAGGUUGUCUGGGUUAUGGAACAGGAAAUACCGUUUCUAUUGCCACUAACUGUUAAAUGUCAUACUGUCAAUCCUACACAGGUUGCGUUCAUAGUCAUAUCAUAGUGUUUCCUGUGACCUAGCCAGCGGGUCAAGAUCUGUGUUCUGCUUCGUAGAACUUGGGUAACUACAGUCCCUGGUUAUAUACAGAGUACAUUUGCCUGUUUUAGCGCCAUGUGGAAUAUUGAAUCCAGAUGUGAUGUAAGAUGUGACUCAUUACAACUGCUUUUAGCCAGAGCGGUGGGACCACUGGCGCUCUAGUGUCUCAUCAAUGUUUUUUUUUUUUGUGUUUUUGUUUUUUGUUUUGGUCAUGCUGUUAAUGUGCCGUCAUUGUUAGUGUGUAUGUUUGGUUGUACUCUCUCUGUUGUUAUCCGUGUCGAUUCAAGAAUGCUCGAAGGAAAUGUGGAAGUAGAACACUUGUGUCUGACCGACAGCAUGUAGUUUCUAUUGAAACCUUUGUAAUAUUUCUCCCCUUUUUUUUGUUGUUUAUUUUGUUUGUUUUGUAUUUGUGUUCUCUCCUGUGUUUCCUUUCAUGUAACCUUUCAUGUGUGCCAAACCAGAAAAUGCCAGAACCCAACAAUAGCAUAGUUGCACUAGCUGUUGUGGCACUAGCUGUUGUGGCGCUAGUUGUUGUGGCACUAGCUGUUGUUGCACUAGCUGUUGUUGCACUAGCUGUUGUGGCACUAGUUGUUGUUGCACUAG